AUGGGUUCAUUAGGGUCCUACUUCCUCGAUGUCGUUUACUCGUUUACGAAUUGCAUGGUGUGCUUUCCCAGCUCACCACAACUCAAGAUCAACAGUCGGAGCUUUAAGAUACAGCGGCUUUUGGGCGAGGGUGGAUUUUCCUAUGUAUACCUUGUCGCAGAUAAUUCCAAUCAGCAGCUGUACGCGCUGAAAAAGAUCCGCUGUCCUUUUGGUCAAGAAUCCGUCUCUCUCGCUCUCAAAGAAGUAGAAGCAUACUCCUUAUUCUCGCCGCAUCCAAACAUUAUCCACUCCAUCGAUUAUAGCGUCGCUUCUGAUAAGUCAGACCCAUCCGCGAAAACAGUAUACAUCCUACUACCGUAUUACCGCCGCGGAAAUCUCCAGGACAUGAUCAACGCAAACCUAGUCAACCACACAAAGUUCCCGGAGAAGCGCUUGAUGCAGUUGUUCCUCGGUGUGUGUAAAGCUUUGAAAGCGAUGCACCAGUACAAAGUGGGAGAGGGGCCUGGCGGAAACAAAAGCUUGAACAAGGCGAAGAGAGUCCGGAAUGACGCCGCGAGGGCGGAUAACGAGGCUGCUGGGGAGGCCAUGGAAAUGCGACCGAACAGGCAACACCGGAAAGACGACGAUGACGAAGAUAUGGAAGCCGAGCCCUUGAUGGAGGGAGAAGUUACCAUGGCGCAAGACGGGAUUGCGCCUGGAGGCGAGAGCGCGUAUGCGCAUAGGGACAUCAAGCCUGGCAAUAUUAUGAUAGAUGACGACGGUACAACGCCCAUUUUGAUGGAUCUCGGAUCUCUCGCGCCCUCCCCGACACCCAUCACAUCGCGCUCUCUUGCCUUGCAAGUCCAAGACACCGCCGCCGAACACUCAACAAUGCCAUACCGUGCACCCGAGCUUUUCGACGUCAAGACAGGUACUGUCAUUGACACCAAAGUAGACAUUUGGUCUCUUGGCUGCACAUUAUACGCAUGUCUAGUCGGUAAAUCUCCUUUCGAAGCGAGGAGCGAUGAAACAGGUGGCAGUUUGAGCAUGUGUGUAUUGGGCGGUGAUUGGCGGUUCCCUGAUGAAGGCAGGGAAGGGAAGAAGAAGGCGGGAGGUGACGAGGUGGUGAGAGAGAGUGUGAAGGAAGUCGUUAGAAAGUGUUUGAGAGUUGAGCCUGGCGAGAGGCCGGAUGUGGAUGAGCUGAUUCAUAUCGUCGAGGAAGUCAUUGACACGCUGCCGGAGGACGGACAAGAAUGA